AUGGCGGCUAUCAUUGACUUACUAUGGCAAGGAUACAAACGCGUAUUCCAGGAAUUACCUGAUCCCAGGACUAGAGACUGGUUCCUAAUUGCCAAACCUUAUCAAACUAUAACAAUACUUGGUCUAUAUUUGAUGUUCGUCUUAGAAUGGGGACCCAAGUAUAUGAAGAAUCGUCAACCAUACAAUUUGGAUAAAGUUCUAAUUGUGUAUAACUCAUUUCAAGUUGUAGCUUGUGCGUACGUUUUUAUUAGGGCGUUGCAGGUGGCAUGGCUAUGGGACUACAAGUGGAUUUGUGAACCGGUUGACUUCUCGAACUCUCCACAGGGCUUGGAAAUAGCGAAAAUUUGUUAUUACUACUUUUCACUAAAAAUCAUUGAUCUGCUUGACACAGUAUUUUUCGUGCUUCGCAAGAAAAACAACCAAGUAUCCUUCCUUCAUAUAUACCACCACACUGGCAUGUGUUUGCUCAUAUGGGGUGCUGUCACCUAUUUACCAGGCGGCCAUGGAACGUUAAUUGGCGUGAUAAAUUCCUUCGUUCACGUCGUGAUGUAUGCCUACUACUUACUGUCAGUCGUCAUGCCCAGCGUCAAGAACUCUCUUCGUGUUAAGAAACACGUCACUCAAUUGCAAAUUUUGCAAUUCUUCUGGUGUGUAGUCCACAUGGCGAUAAUAGUCUUCAAAAGUGACUGCGCCUACCCCAGAUGGACGAGCGCAAUGUUCUUGCCGCAAAACUUAUUCAUGCUUGUUCUCUUCGUCGAUUUCUACAUAAAAACCUAUAUAAUUAAACCAAGGCAACAAAAGAAAGUACAACUGGAAACUGCCGCCAUAGUCGAUCAGAAUAAUAACGAUGUUCCCAAAAAUGCCAAUUUGAAAGCAACAAAUGGCAUGAAAAAUGGUAAAGAAAUAAGUAAUGAGAACAUUUAUGUGAAAAAUGAUUUGAAUAAGGCAGUAAAUGGCAAUGGAACAUCUUAUAAUGGAUUCACUGGAAACGUCAAUAUCUUCGAGAAUGCAAAUGACAAAUCCAAUUGUAGCAAUUGUAGAACAAAUUGCCACAAGCAUUUUAAAGGAGAGUGA